GAAGUCAAGGAAGAGGCACAACAAAGACACAAACAUAAGCAAAUCACUCAGUUUGAUUUGGACUCAAACAUCGUCAUCUUCUUCUCUCCUUCCUUCAACUAAGUCCAAGUCUUUGAUUUUCAUUCUCUUUAAAUGCAUUAGUUAAACUAUUCUUCUUCAAUGCUUUUAUCAUAACAUAACUCUCUAAAACCUCCUUAAAACUCACGAUAAACUCAACUCAAACACAGCCUCAAUUGGGUUUGUUUUGGUUGGAAAGAAAGAUGGAUGGCUCUGGUGAACAUGAUUCUUUAAUAGCCCAAAUAAUGGUGGGGGCAAUUAUAUUUCCUUUUAUUUUAGUAGUGUUUCUUCUUUUUCUUCAUCUCUACGCCAAAUGGUUCUGGUGGCGCACUCAACCGCCACCCGCUCCUGGUGCUUCACGUCGCCACCGUCGUCGUUUGGUCUUUGCUUCUGGCCAAGACCCUGCUUUCACUCUGCGUACUGGCCUUGACGCUGCCGUCCUCCGCUCCAUUCCUGUGGUUACUUUCACUCCACAAAACUUUGAAGAUGGACUUGAAUGUGCAGUCUGUUUGUCUGAGGUUGUAGAAGGAGAGAGAGCUAGGCUGCUUCCUAAAUGUAACCAUGGCUUUCAUGUUGAGUGUAUUGAUAUGUGGUUCCAGUCCCAUUCUACUUGCCCACUUUGUAGGAACCCUGUUGAUCUUCAACGCUCCAUUUCCAUGGAAAUGGCAGAGGUGAUUGAUAGUCAGUCUCCAGAAGAAAUUUCGGUUUCUGGGUCCUCAACAGAAUCUCCAAACUUUCCUACUAAUGUUUUGUUUUGGGGAAAUGAAACUCAAGUUAGCACUGGUGGUGCUUCUUUAGAAGAGGGUUCUUCUUCUACUACUGCUUCUUCAUCUUCAUCUUCUUCUUCUUCUUCAACGUUGAGUACAAGUAGGCGAGGUGAAAUGUUAGUGAUUGAUAUUCCUGCUACUAUGAGCGAGCAAUUUUUAUCAUUGUCUCCAACAGGAUCUCCCCAGGAGGAGUUAAAGUCGCCCAUGACAAGAAGAAUGAGGUCAUUCAAGAGGCUUUUGAGUAGGGAGAGGAGGGUAAGUCCCAGAUGUGGUAGUAGUACUAACUCUAGUAUUUCUAGUGACACUGAACAGGUUAGAAAAGGUUAGAAUAUCAAAGACAACUUGCUUUUGAAGCAUGCCUGAAAAUAUGAUUGUAUCUCGGCGUCAAUUUCUCAAUUUCAGAUGAAAGGAAGUGAAGAGUUUGCUAUCUUUUGAAAAUGAGAGUGGAAGCAAUUCAUCUUCUUCAGAAGAAUCAUCUUGUAACAUUCUUUGUUUUUGUCCAAAGCCAUUAAACCAUUUUUAGCUCCUCAUCAAGCUAUAUAAUUUACUUGUUCUGCAUUUGUGAUUUUGCAAUGAAUUCAUCUGUUGAUUCCAAA